AUGUGGACUUACACAGAAUUGAUUUUUACUCAACUUCCAGGAGGAUACGACUUUGUUUGACGGCUUGUCAACAACUAAGAACCUGUUUUUGGAGUGGAAGUGGAACUACAAAGGCAGAAGAGAUGAAGUUUGGAGACCUAUGUCUAGGGAAACAAUCUUAACAGCUGACAAACUGGGCCUGGGACCCUGAUGUUUGUUCAUGUUUCUGGACAAGACUAACAAUAUUUUGCUGAAUGUUUAGGAGGACAGCGCUUCCCCCAGCUUCUCCACGAUGCUGUAUAGUUUGGCGGGAGGAGGCACACUCUGCGGCGUGGCUGCCCUCGUACUUCUCAUCGUCUCUACAGCAACAGACUUCUGGAUGCAGUAUCGAUACUCGGGUAGCUCUGCCAAUCAGGGACUCUGGAGGUUCUGCAUCAACCACAAAUGCCAUGCCCACACCAUAACUGUAGCCUUCUGGGAUGCUACACGGGCCUUUAUGUUGCUGGCGGUGCUGAGCUGCUUCGCCGGUGUGGUGCUCGGCCUGAGCGCCUUCACUAAUGGCACCAAGAACAGGAGGGUCCGUACAGGCGGCAUCGCCCUGGUCCUGUCAGGUUUUCUUGCCCUGCUGGCUUUGGCAAUUUACACCGGAGUGACUGUCACUUUCUUUGGCAAACGUUUCUUGGACUGGCGCUUUUCCUGGUCCUACAUCAUCGGCUGGGUGGCCAUCAUUCUGGCUUUUGCAGCAGGUGUUUUUCAGCUCUGUGCUUACCAGCGGACUACUGGCGAACCUGCUCCUUCAAGUAACCCUGACAGCUGAACACAAUGAUUAGCUCGAAGAAUGUUGAAAUGGAGGUCACUGCUGCUUUUGAGUUCCUAGAAUGGAAUAAAUAGAAACUUGUGUGGUUUCACUUCAACUCCAA